CUUCCAUAUUUCACACCUGGCAUUAGUGAAUACUAGGGAGGACAGAAGAUCAAGUACAUGGUCUGAAUUACAGAACAAAGGGACAAUAUGGUUAAUGUCAACUCACAAGUCAGUACAAGUAUGGAUCCUACAUCUGACUCCUCGCCGGCUGAGAGUGCAAACAUGAACACAGUUAACCACCUGGGGGCGGGCACGCUGUGCGCCAUCUGCGGGGACCGGGCCACGGGCAAACACUACGGAGCCUCCAGCUGUGACGGCUGCAAGGGCUUUUUCAGACGAAGUGUCCGCAAGAACCACAUGUACUCGUGCAGGUUCAACAGACAAUGCAUCGUGGACAAAGACAAGCGAAAUCAAUGCAGAUACUGUAGACUGAAGAAGUGCUUCAGAGCCGGCAUGAAAAAAGAAGCUGUACAGAACGAGAGAGACAGGAUCAGCACCAGGAGAUCCAGUUAUGAAGACAGCAGUUUACCAUCUAUCAAUGCACUUAUCCAGGCAGAUGUCCUCUCAAGACAGAUUUCGUCACCCGGGCCUUUAAUGAAUGGAGACAUCAGAACCAAGAAGAUCGCCACCAUCACAGAUGUAUGUGAGUCGAUGAAGCAGCAGUUGUUGGUGCUGGUGGAGUGGGCUAAAUACAUCCCUGCCUUCUGUGAGCUGCCCCUGGAUGACCAGGUGGCCUUGCUGCGAGCCCAUGCUGGGGAGCACCUUCUCCUGGGAGCUGCUAAGAGGUCUAUGAUGUACAAAGAUCUUCUGCUAUUAGGAAAUGACCACAUUAUUCCCAGGAACUGCCCAGAGCUGGAGGUGAGCCGAGUAGCAGUGAGGAUCCUGGAUGAGUUGGUGCUUCCAUUCCAGGAACUUCAGAUUGACGAUAAUGAAUAUGCUUGUUUGAAAGCUAUUGUUUUCUUUGACCCAGACGCAAAAGGUCUUAGCGACCCAGGCAAGAUCAAGCGGAUGCGCUACCAGGUCCAGGUCAGCCUGGAGGACUACAUCAACGACAGACAGUACGACUCCAGAGGGAGGUUUGGGGAGCUGCUGCUUCUGCUGCCCACUCUGCAGAGCAUCACCUGGCAGAUGAUCGAGCAGAUCCAGUUCGUCAAGCUCUUUGGCAUGGCCAAGAUCGACAACCUGCUCCAAGAAAUGCUUCUUGGUGGAUCUGCCAACGAGGCCCUUCAUGCACCUCAUUCUCUACACCCUCACCUGGUACAGGAGCACCUCAGUAGCAAUGUCAUUGUGGCUGGCAACAUGGCCACUCCGAUCCACAACGGACAAAUAUCCACUCCUGAAACCCCAAUACCCUCUCCACCAACUGCCUCAGGCUCAGAACAUUACAAAAUGUCUCAGGGGGUGAUAGCCACUGUGCCCAAGCAGCCAAGCUCCAUCCCUCAGCCCACUAUCACCAAGCAAGAGGCCGUUUAGCAACUCGUCCGACAAAUUCAACCAUCUAAACAAAAGAAUCAUCAUUACAAGCUACUCAUUUUCCCUUCCAGACAAUUUAAAUAGGGCAAUACAAUAUACAGAAGUACAUUUUGAACUAGGCUAUGUUGAAUAGGAUGAAAGGUUAAAACAAUAAAAUAUAUUUAUAUAAACUGAUCUGUUCAAGAAAACUAAGACUCAGUUGGAUCAACUGAAAACUGUUUAGGACAAAGUAGCUGUUGAAGAGAAGAGUACUUUAUAGCAUGGGUUAAAGAGUGUACUCCAGUUAACAUCAAUACCCACAGAUAUGAGGUGCUUCUUUAUUUUGAUAAAAUGCUAAAUAUGUCCUACAUACACACAAGUGUGUUGAUUAAACAAAUGCAUUUGACUUAUAGUAAGAGUAAUGCAAGGUAGACAGAGUACAGCCUCUAAGCCUACAGUAUAUAAGUUAGGGUUACUUAAUGUUUGUAUGAAUGUUACAACAGGCCAAUGACGAGGCAGGCUUUUGUGUUGCACAGUAUUUCUAAGAUGGCUGACUAUAAUAGACCAAAAGUAUGGUCAAGACUUUGCAAUAAAUGCAAUGUCACAUUUUAAAGCUGUUUAAGAAGACGAGUUGGUUCUGAAAAGAAACAUAUGUUUUCAUGUAUCCUAUAACCUUUGACAGGUUCGGGUAUCCCUCCCAAUUAUGUAUUUACUGGAAAUGUAUAAAGUUGUGCAACAUGUUGAGAUUGAGAGAGCAUUUAAUACUGUCUCCUAAAACCACUUUAAUAAAGUUAAAGGCAUUUACAGGUUUAGGAACACAUCAUUUCCAGAUACAAGCAAGUGUUUUUAGACAUUUUCAGUUUUACUGUAAAGAGAUGUUAUUUUUGUUUCUGCUUAGAAUGCAAUUUUGUCAUUUUGUCUUGACAGAAUUAACUGUGCCUUACAAACUAUAUACAAAUACACUGCCAUUAACUAGAAAUAUGGGCAGUGGUUCACCUUACAAUGUGAAGAUGAAUAAAAUUUCAAGGUUU